GCGGAAGUGCCCUUAAGGCAGCGGCGGGCGGGCCGCCCGGUUCCCGGCUGGGGGUCCGGUCCGGUGUAAGAGCCAGGCUUGGAACCUGCCUUGAGGAGAUCGCGUGGCCCAGUGGUCAGCGCUGCAGAGCCCGGGAUGGCUGAGGCCACUGAUCUGCUGCAGCUACGGAAGCUCAACCUGGAGCUUUUAAAGAAGCUGACAGCGGGGCAGGAGACCAUGCGGCGUUUGGUGGCGAAGGUGCAGGCCGCCUCGGGGUCAAGCCUGGACUCGGGCAGUGGCUAUGCCAUGGAAACACCUUCAUCCCACGAGGUUUCAUCACUGUCGUUAUCAUCCACUUCCCCCACCGAGGGAGCCCACCCAAGUAAUGCCUGUCGGGGGUCCGAACCUAACAGCGCCGGCUCCAGGACAAGCCCUCUCCCCACCACUGAUCGUCAACAUCAGGAGUCCUUGAGUCCUGGAACACCCCACCGAAGUCCUCUGCUGUCCAGUGCAGACUCCAGAGAACUUGAAUCAUCAGAAUUAGAGGAUUUGGGGUUUCUGGAUGCCCGGGCUCAUCAGAGCAACCUGACCAAGAAAGCGACCAUCCAGAUGGAGUCCCCAAUGCCUGCGAGCAGCUGGCGCCUCCGCCCGUACCUGGGCUACGACUGGAUUGCAGGCUCCCUGGACACCAGGUCCCCGGCCAGCAGCAAGUCCGAGGCCUUCUUUUCGCAGCUACAGCGCUUCCGGGAGGCCAACCCAGAGGAGUGUUACAGCCGUGAGCACGAGUCCCUGUUCCGAGGGAUCCCCGCAGCCAACGACACUGAAGAGGCCCAUGAAUGCAUCUACUGCUACCGUGUCAACCAGCGCCUGUUCCUGGUACCCUCGGACCCCGACAGUUCCUGCCGCCUCUGCCGGAAGCCCCGCAGUCAACAGGACCCCAGCACCUUGGAGAAACCCGCGCAGGUCAGGGUGAGUGUUCCCCUGGCUGUCCUCGAACCCCCGCACCUGCCUCGCAUCCACCGGCGGAAAAGCUUUGACGACUCCGACACAUUGGCUCUGUCCCGGCACUGUCUCCUGGGCUGGGACGCCCUCCCGCCCAAGCCCGAGCAGAGCUGCACCGCUAAAAGCCUGGACCUCCACGCCUACGUCCCCCUCGAUCUGCAUUCCCAGAAUCUGCCGGAUGCCAGCUCAGCCUUGGUACGAAGGGGGCACCACGGUUGUUGUGCAGAAUCAGGGAAGGGGGUUUUGAGCCCAGGACCUCUCCUCUGGGCCUGUUCCCCACACUAACCCAAGGUCCCCUCCAGGCCCCCCACCUUCCCCCAGAUGAUGAUGACCCAGCACUUGAGACCCAGAAGAGAAUUAGGUGGGGACUGGUGACCUGAGCCACCCGUUCACCUCAGGCCCUGCCACUGGGAUCCUGGAUGUUCUCCCACUCUGUGACACCCGGGGGACAGUGCCCGCUGCAGGUGUGCUCAGCUGGCCCUGGGGUUGGGUCCUGGCUGGGGACAGAGGGGCUUGUGGGGAUCGGGACCUCUGGAACACAUUUGUCAAUAAAACUCAGUU